AUAAAAAAAUUAUAUGUUCAUAGGUAUUAUCAUAGAGAUCUCAAGUGUUUGAUAUACUAUAUUCUUCUUUGUUGCUUCAGUUUUUUAGAUCUGUUUUGCAAAAACGAAAAAGGAAAAAAUGAAUAGGUGUGGUUAUCAGCAAAAGGCCUUGAUGGGUUGUGUUGGUGUUGGAGAAAUUAGACGGGGAGAUAUUUCUGUUUCUGAUGGUCUUGUUUACCCCAAACCUCGCCGGAAUGGGCUUUUCAAUGAACCGAUCAGACCUUCUCGAUUCCUCCAAAUCAAUAAUCAGCAAUCGGAGGGUUGCGAUUUGAAAGCCGGAACUGAACUUCUGGAUAUCAUCCUCAGCAAGGGGAAUUUUGAUAUGGAAACGCCCAAUUUUGAUAUGGCUUCAUCUCCACCGUUUUUUUUCGGAUCUCCACCCAGUAGGGCAUCGAAUCCCCUGAUUCAGGAUUCACAAUUCAGCAACAACAAUUUUGUUCCUAUACUAGCAAUUCCAGAAGCAGCAGCUGCUGCACCUUCUCCACCACAACCUUCCGCUUCCACUCGUAAGAGUGGAGGAGGCUGUGCUCCGGUGAAAUUCGGGAUCAAGCCAGCUACUGUGAGGAUUGAAGGCUUCAAUUGCCGCAGCAGCAUCUCUGCUUUCGCUUAGGUAAAACCAGAAACCAACCAAAAACAAUAAAAAUGUGAGAUUUUUGGGAUGAGGUGAGUUACCAUAACGAAUUCGUUUUAGUCUUGUAUAUAUAGAGUGAAAAAAAGAGAGUCAUCAUUCAACUCCUGUUUGUGAAUAUGUUUAUUAGGUGAUGAAUGAGUGUUCGUUUGAUAUCGGAAAAUAAAUACUUUUAGUACAACCCAAAGAGAAGCGAUAAAUCAAAAGAUUGUUCUCUUUCGUUUGGGAUUAAUUAGGGUUCUUAUUUAGCAUUAGGCUAAAGUUUGUAUUGAGUAUCUACUGUAGUGUGAGAGAGUCUAAAAGAAAGACUUCUUCUUUUGUGACGGUAAAGUUUGUCACUCUUAUCCUUUAUUGUAAUUGUAAUCCGAAGGAGAAAUGAAGAUGGUCUAAUUCUUUAUAGCAAU